AUGGGCUACACCGAACUCGACACAAAGGCCAUCAACACCAUCCGCCUGCUGGCGGCUGAUGCGACCUUCCAUGCCAACUCCGGUCACCCCGGUGCCCCCAUGGGCAUGGCUCCCGUCGCCCACGUCCUUUUCAACAAGUUCAUGAAGUUCAACCCCAAGAACCCCAAGUGGUUGAACCGGGAUCGCUUCGUCCUGUCCAACGGCCACGGCUGCAUGCUGCAGUAUGCCCUCCUUCACCUUUUCGGCUACGCCCUCUCCAUCGAUGACCUCAAGGCCUUCCGAAGUGUGGACAGCAUCACCCCCGGUCACCCUGAGGCCCAUGACACCCCAGGCAUCGAGGUGACCACGGGUCCCCUGGGCCAGGGCAUCUGCAACGCCGUCGGUCUCGCCAUGGCUCAGGCCCACACCGCUGCCACCUUCAACAAGCCCAACUUCAACGUUGUGGACAACCACACCUACUGCUUCCUCGGAGACGGUUGCCUGAUGGAGGGUGUCUCCAGCGAGGCCUCGUCCCUGGCCGGUCACCUUCAGCUCGGAAACCUGAUUUGCAUCUGGGACGACAACCACAUCUCCAUUGAUGGUGACACGAACUGUGCCUUCACUGAGGAUGUCGCCAAGCGCUACGAGGCCUACGGCUGGCACGUCGUCACCGUCGAGGAUGGCAACGGCGACAAGGAGGACUCACUUCUCCGCAUCGAGGCGGCCAUCAAUGAGGCCAAGAAGGUCACGGACAAGCCCAGUCUGAUCAAGCUCAAGACCAUCAUUGGCUUUGGCUCUCUCAAGCAGGGCACCCACGGCGUCCACGGCUCUCCCCUCAAGGCCGAGGACAUCGAGCAGCUCAAGAAGAAGUGGGGCUUCAAACCCGAAGAGUCGUUUGCCGUCCCCAAAGAGGUUUACGACAUGUACCACAAGCACUCCUCGGAGGGUGCCGAGGCUGAGCAGGCGUGGAACGCCCUCAUGGACGGUUACGCCAAGCAGUUCCCCAAGGAGCACGCUGACCUCCAGCGCCGUCUCAAGGGCGAUCUGCCCGAGGGCUGGGAGAAGAACCUUCCCACUUACACUCCUUCCGGCGCGGCCGUUGCCUCGCGCAAGCUGUCAGAGACUGUCCUGUCCAAGAUCGAGGCGGCCAUUCCCGAGCUCUUCGGCGGCUCUGCCGAUCUUACCGGCUCCAACCUGACGCGCUGGAAGGAUGCCGUCGAUUUCCAGCCCGAGUCGACUGGCCUUGGCAACUACGCCGGCCGCUACGUCCGCUACGGUGUCCGUGAGCACGGCAUGGGUGCCAUCAUGAACGGCCUCGCCGCCUACGGCACCAUCCUGCCCUACGGCGGUACCUUCCUCAACUUCGUCUCGUACGCUGCCGGUGCCGUCCGCCUGUCGGCUCUGUCGCAGGUCCGCACCAUCUGGGUCGCCACCCACGACUCCAUCGGCCUUGGCGAGGACGGUCCUACCCACCAGCCCAUCGAGACGCUGGCUCACUUCCGUGCCCUUCCCAACUGCAUGGUCUGGCGCCCGGCCGACGGCAACGAGACGAGCGCCGCUUACUACGUCGCCCUGACGUCCAAGCACACCCCCAGCAUCAUGGCUCUGUCGCGCCAGAACCUGCCGCAGCUCGAGGGCUCCACCAUCGAGAAGGCCAUCAAGGGUGGCUACGUCCUGCACGAGGUUGAGGGCGCCAACAUCACCCUCGUCUCCACCGGUUCCGAGGUCGGCAUCUGCGUUGACGCCGCCAAGUACCUGGCCGAGAAGCACAACAUCAAGGCUCGCAUCGUGUCGAUGCCCUGCUUCGAGGUGUUCGACACUCAGUCCAAGGAGUACAGGCUGUCCGUCCUGCCCGACGGCAUCCCUGCGCUGUCCGUUGAGGUCAUGAGCACCAUGGGCUGGGAGCGCUACACCCACGAGCAGUUCGGCAUCAACCGCUUCGGCGCGUCUGGUGCCUACAAGGACGUCUACAAGAAGUUCGAGUUCACUCCCGAGGGCAUUUCCAAGCGUGCCGUCGCCACGGUCGACUUCUGGAAGGAGGUGCCCAACGUGCGCUCUCCCAUCAACCGUGCGUUCCAGCAGCACAUCUAG